AUGGCUUCUACCACUGGAACGCCUGGCACUCUCCGACAACUCAAGAUUUAUCACAAUAUUUACCGCAUAGCCUAUGAUCGUUUACUGUUCGGCGUGGAUUUGCCGCCUAAAAUCGGCUGCAAAUAUUUGGCCUUCUGGCAUUGGCUCGAAUGUAUGGGCUACUAUAAUUUUGUCAACAAUUCACUGCACUUACCUCCUUGGUUGUUUCUUGAAUUAUUACGCGAGACUGAAACGUGUAUAGAAUUUUUAAAUAGAGAGUCUUUUUCUCUUGUUGAUGAGAGAUGGCUUCCGCUAAGCUGUUGUGUCGGUGGGAGGACUCUCACUUUGGGAGUUGUUUAUGAGAACAAAUUUCAUGCUAAAAGACACAUUAAGGACUUUAAACGGAAUUUAUCCAAGCGGAUUUUAGAUGACAUUAGUCCAAGAACAAGCUCGGCCGUCUCUAAUGGCGAAAUUGUUCAAGUGCAAGAUAAUCAACAAGCUAAUCAUGGCAGCCACGGCUAUCUGAAUGUUGCUGAUAAUAAUACUCUCUUUGCAACUUUCUCAAAGGGCCAUCCCAUUACAUAUCAAGAACUUGAAGAGUUCUUCACCAGGAAAUAUGGAGAGUGUAUUGAGAAUAUAUAUAUCAGCGAAUUGUUUGCUCGCGUGGUGGUAACUUCCCCAGAAUAUGUUGAGAGGAUUCUUGGAGUGACAGAUAUAUUGCAGUCCAAUAUCCAAGGAAAAGAUGUAAGAAUAAGACGCUUUAUCCCAAGAGGCCCACCACCAACGCCAAUCUAA